CAAACUCCAUCAAUCCAUGGCUAGAACAAAUUCAACCCUCCCCAUCAGUUUCUUCAAGAUUAUUCUUCAAACCAAUCUUCAAACUAUUAAAAUACCAAAUAAAUUUACAAGAAAUCACGGAGCUGGUCUACCAAAUCCAGUGAUGAUCAAGCCUCCUGAUGGCACUAAAUGGAAAGUGUUUUGGAAAAAUAUCAAUGGUGAGAUUUGGUUUCAAAAAGGUUGGAAAUUUUUUACUCAAAAUUACUCUCUACAACAUGGUUGUUUGGUAGUGUUUAAAUAUAAAGAAGGAACUUCAGAGUUAGAUGUAGUGAUACUUGGCCAGAAUGGAGUAGAAAUUGAUUAUGAUUCUUCAUGUAACACUUUCGAUGAUGAAAAUGAAAACCUUGACGAUAGUGAUGAUGAAUCAGUUAAGAUUUGGAAUGCACGGCCUAGUCAGAAGAAGGCUAGACAGAGAUCACCUUCGGUAUCUCCUAGACCGCAUAAGAAAGUUAAAGGUGGGAUUGAGAAGAAUAGUCAAAGAACUACAUCUUUGAAUAUUCCAAAGGAAUCUAGAGCUCGGGAAGUUGCCGAAGAAUUUAUCUCAACCAAUCCAUUUUUCACAAUUUUGAUCAAGCCUUAUAAUCUGGUAGCAAGCGGGUUGAGUUGGUUGAAUUUAAAAGAAAUUAUUGAGAGUAAGGAGAAGUAUGUGAAGGUGCAGAUUGGUAAAAGAUCAUGGAAUCUGAAAUUGCUCCCUUAUUACAGAGAUAAAACUAGGGGUCGCUUUUCUGCUGGUUGGUCUAAGUUUGCAAAGGAAAGUGGACUGCAACCCGGAAAUGUCUGCGUGUUUGAACUGAUAAACAAGGAAGAUUUAGUUUUUAAAGUUCAUGUUUUCUAAAAGGACUGUUAAUGUAUCUGUUUGAAGGUGUUAUUUUGAGUGAUGGUAACUUUAAUUAAGUGAUACUAUUUCCUUUCCAUCAAAUGGGGGAAGUGAAGUAACCUUCACCAUUGGUUGUAACUGUAUGGUCCUCUAUGACUCAUGAAUUCCUUAUGUUUCUGUCAAAUAUACGUGUGUGCAUUCCCUCUUUCUAAUGUGAUUAUGUGAUGCCUCCUUGGUUCAAUGAAUUUGUUAUAAAGGC